AAAAGUUUAGAAGUCACUUGCUUUCAAAUAUUUAAAUUUAAAUUAUUCAUUUACUUUAAAAAUAUAUAACAUUUAGUAUUAUCAUCUUCUCUUCAAAAUAAUGUUGCCAGGUAUUGGUGUUUUUGGAACAGGCAAAGUAAUUGAAAUAAUUGUCCCCUUUUUGCGUGAUAAGGGUUUCAAAGUAGAAGCAUUAUGGGGUCGUACAAUAAAUGAAGCUGAAGAAGCUGCAAAACGUCUUCAAAUACCUUAUUGGACUAAUAAAAUUGACAAUGUGCUUUUAAGGAAAGAUGUCGAUCUUAUCUUCAUAGUCUGCUCUCCUAAUCUUCAUGCACAAAUUGCUGUUAAAGCAUUAGGCAUAGGAAAACAUGUUCUGUGUGAUAAACCAGCUGGUUUGUGUCAGAGUGAAGCAAUCAAAAUGGUUCAUGCUGCACAGUAUUAUCCUUCACUUAUCUCAGUUGUCAAUCAUAGCUUAAGAUUCUUACCAGCAUUUGUUCAAAUGAAAAAACAGAUCAGUGAAAAUAGAAUUGGAAAUGUAUUUUUAUGUGAUGUAAAAGUACAAAUGGGUCGUUUGUAUGGUGAUAAUUAUAAUUGGUUAUGCGAUAAAACUAUGGGUGGUGGUGUUCUAACAUUAGUUGGUAGCCAUGUGAUAGACCUUGUUACAUAUUUAACUGAACAAAAAGCUAUUCGAGUACAUGGUAUUGUUAAAACAUUUAAUAAAGAUUUUAAGUGCAUGACUGGUGUUAGGCAAGUGACAAGUCCAGAUUUUUGUACUUUUCAAAUGGAAAUGACUGACAGGUCUUUAGUUACAGUUACAUUAAAUAAUCAUUUAUCUGGAACAUAUAUACAAGAAGUACUCAUGUGUGGUACUGAAGGUAAUCUAGUAGUAAAAGGUGGAGACUUAUAUAAGGACAAAGAUGAAGUACUGUACUUGGAUGUAGAAGAUAUGCAAAAAUCAGAUACCAUAAAUGUGGUUUCUGCAGAUAUUAUGCCCAGACCUUGUAUGAAAGGUUUACUAAAAAUGAUAAGUGCUUUACGAGAGGCCUUUUUACCAGUUGAAGAUAAAAGAGGUUGGGUUAAAGAACCGGUUUCAUCUGCAGCGACUUUUGAGGAUAGUUUGUAUGUUCAGGCAGUGAUUGAUGCAAUACGAGCUUCUAGUUCAAACAAAGAAUGGAUAAAAGUAGAAGUAAUCACCGAAGAACCAGAUCCAAAUCCAUUAUUGAGUGCUGCUGUAAGAAAAAGUGGCAUGUCUAUGUAGAUCAUAAAAAUAUAAACAAAGUAUAAUUUAAGUGUUAAAAUUGGCAUUUUUACUUAAAUAAUUAAUUUUUA